UUAAAUCCUUACGUGGCAAUCUCGCCGACGCUAGCUAGGAAGUUUACAAAAUACCCUCAAUAAUUUGUGCUUGUUCUGAGCCUCCUGCUGCGAUACAUGUGCAAUUUUAGGGGAUAUUUGAAAUCGCUGGUACACAGAGAAUCUACAAUUGUCACGUAACGCUAGCUAAAAUCUAAGCAUGUUCACUGCUUCAGAGAUCGUUGUUCUUCUUGUGUUCAUGUCUGCCACAGCGUCUGGCUACUUCGUUAGUAUAGACGCUCAUGCAGAUGAGUGCUUCCAUGAGCGGGUUAACUCGGGAACCAAGAUGGGCCUAAUGUUUGAAGUUGCCGAGGGGGGCUUUUUGGACAUUGACGUUGAGAUAACAGGACCUGAUGGCAAGCAGAUCUACAAAGGCGAUCGAGAGUCCAGUGGAAAGUACUCCGUGGCAGCUCACAUGGACGGGACCUACAAGUUCUGCUUCAGCAACAAGAUGUCCACCAUGACACCCAAGAUCGUCAUGUUCACCAUCGACAUCGGGGAGGCACCAAAGGGACAGGACAUGGAGACGGAAGCUCACCAGAACAAGCUGGAGGAGAUGAUCAACGAGCUGGCGGUUGCCAUGACGGCUGUCAAGCAUGAACAGGAGUACAUGGAGGUCCGGGAAAGGAUACACAGAGCCAUCAAUGACAACACAAACAGCAGGGUGGUUCUCUGGUCGUUCUUCGAAGCCCUGGUUCUGGUGGCCAUGACUCUGGGACAGAUCUACUACCUGAAGAGGUUUUUCGAAGUGCGCCGAGUUGUGUAACACCUCAAACCUUCCCCCUGUGACUUCCUGUUGCACUGUUAUUUCAGCACAGAGACAGCGAAACAGUCACUCCUUGGAAAUGACUCUUGGUAGAUUUCAUUAAAAGUCUGAGUACAAAUUGGAUCCCUUUUAUUUAAAAAUAAUAAUGUUUUACCCUGUUACCCCAUCUGUUAUUUCCAUCUUUAUGUGCUUGUUACUGUUGUAUCUGUUUUGGACUCUAGACCUUUCAAAGAUCAUAGGGUUGAUGAUGUCAAGUUUGAUUUAUUUUCUCAUCACUGCGUAAGCAAAUGAUUUGUUAUGGAUUACUCCACCCAGCUUGGUCAACAGCAACUACUAGCCAUGCACUAGCCAGAGAGGUUGUCGGUCUCUAGUCAGUGGAUGGGAUGUAUAAAGUAACACUGGGACCAGGCAUUUGAGAGAUGCAGACUGAUGUUUAUGCAACAGUGUGUCCCUUAUUUGACCAUUUUUUUUUUUUGCCACCUUUGCAAUUGAUAUGACCAACUAGUUAAUAUACAGUAUGCAUAAGCUCAAGGUGAGACACUUGGUGCUUGUUCAGGAGAGUGAAAUAUCCCAGAACGUUCAUGUAGAAAUGUAUUGUGCAGAAGCGACAUGCUUUUCUGUUAUGUAGAAUAAAGAGUUGUGUUGACUCUA